GAAGUUGGGGGCCGAAAGUUAUUCCUGAGUGUUUGCUAGUAAAGGCAAUUUCGAAAGAGACUGUAUGAAAAGUGAUAUAAAUUGGAGGCUUGCAAAAAAACGCACUUCACAGUUCCCCGCGGUGCCAUCGUUCUAACUGGGCAUUGCAUUGAAGUACAUAUUUGGAGGGCCUUCUAUGGUUACCUUGGGCCAAGAUGAUUCUCUUUCCUCGCUUCCAUCUAUUCGAGAUCGAAGAUCAAGACUGGUGUCCUAGUUGGUUGAUUUUAUUCAUUCAGACCUAUUUGACUGCGCUCUGGGAUCUUCGCAUCCCUUUUGUGAGAAACACUGCAGCUGAGGUAGCUGCUAGUAUUAUCAAAGAAAGCCUUCCCAAGGCCUCUUCAUAUACUUUUGUCGAUACCUGUGCUCGUGCUGGUGGACCGAUACCCGCCAUCGAGACAGCUCUUAAUGCCAAACUUUUCUUGGCUGAUCGCAGGCCCUGUAUGAUAGAAUGGAAGGCUAUCAAGAAACAGCACGAGUGCAUUUCAUUUAUCCCAGAACCCGUGGAUGCAACGUCGUUGGAAAGAAUUACCUCAGAGGGUCGCGAGUGUCGGAUAUUCAAUAUCUCCUUUCGUCAUUUCGACGAUGACGCUGCUAAGCUAGUCUUAAGCAGUGUGAUGCAGUCCGCAGAUUCAUUUAUUAUUUUCGAGUUUCUACAGCGAGACUUCACGACGUUCUUGUUCUGCUGCUUGACUACCGUGUCUAUACCCCCUUUCGUGCAUAUACUCCUCCGGUUCCGGAGAUCUCUAGUGCAUAUCAUUUUUACGUUUAUGAUUUGGGUGGCUCCGGCAGCUCUGGCGAUCGAUGGUUUCAUGUCCAUGCUGCGCACUCGGACGCAUACAGAGAUCAAAGAUCUUACUUGGAAGCCUGAACAUGUUUCUGAUGAAUGGGUGUUUAAGCAUGGUAGUCUGGUGAUCUUCGGGCCAUGGCACCUACAUUGGCAUAUGGGGUAUAGACCCAUUGAAAGAUAAAGCAAACCAUGGCUGAACAAGAGUUCCUUUUACCUUAAAGCUUACGUGGGAGGUACUAUUAGAUGCUCUUCCGGCGUCAGACUGCAGGAUAAUAGAUGCAGGCAGAGUGCAUGUCAGGUUAUAUGCAGGCGGAUGGAACAAGAUGCCCGUAGCUCCAGAGCCACGAACAGGAUCAGGGUUAAAAGAGGCUUAUAUAAUCAGGUUUGAGGUUCAGGUGAAACAAUGGUCAGGGGCAGCAGGACAAG